UGGAAAGAAGCCUCCAGAAGGUUUGGAUUCGAUUCCGGUUGGUGGCUCCACAAACCACAAAGCCACACGAACCACCCGCCACAGGAUCCUCGAAAGUUUCGACCACCGCAACAGCCAACCGCCAACACACACACAACAAACACAUCUCUCUCUGUGUUUGCUUUGAUCUCUCUUUGAAUAAGACGACAACAGUACUAGCUAGUAACUAUCAUCUAAUAGUCUAAGUAUGCCGAACGCUCAAGCAGAAGCCCUCAAAGGGCAAGGAAAUCAGUUCUUCAAGACUGGCAAGUACGCCGAGGCGAUUGAAAAGUACAAGGCGGCGACGGCAUUGGAUGCGAGUGUCCCGGCGUACUGGUCGAACAUGGCGGCGUGUUACGAAAAGUUGAGUAAAUUCGACGAGAUGGAAGAAGCGGGUCGUAGUUGUAUCAAGGCGGAUCGUAGUUUCGUCAAGGGCUAUUUCCGUUUGGCCACGGCGCAAAAAGCGAAAAACAACUUGGCGGAUUGCAUCAAGACAUUGGAGAGUGGAUUGGCCGUCCAAUCCAGCAAUCCCGAUCUAAAGAAAAUGAAAAAGGACGUGACAGAACUCCAGCGUGCUGAACAAGUGGCGGGCUACUGUGGAACAGCCAAGGAACAAGCGCAGAAUGGAGAUGUGGGUGCGGCUAUGAAAACGCUCGAACUAGCCUCUCGUUUGGACGCCGGCAAUAAGGACAUUGAUGCGCUCAUGAGCAAGAUCAAACCCAAGUGGGAAGCCCAAGAAAAGAAACGCAAGGCCGGUCUUAGUGCCACGGAAAAACACAAAGAAAAAGGAGACGAACUCUACAAGGACGCCAAAUUCGAAGAAGCCGUCGCCGAAUACACCAAAUGCAUCGACGCACUCAAAAAGGAAGGCAAGGCCAUGUCCGAAUUGGCACUCAAGGCAUACUCCAAUCGAGCCGCCUGUAACAAGCAAAUCUCCCAUUUCGAUGGAACCAUUGAAGAUUGUACCGCCGUCUUGGAAAUUGAUCCCGAAAAUGUCAAGGCACUCAUCCGUCGUGCUCAAGCGUUCGAGGGAGUCGAACGGUACCGUUUUGCUCUACAAGAUGUCAAGUCCGUCUUGGCCAUGCCCUAUCACAAGGUCGGUAAAGCCAAUUUUGAUCUCUGCAAUGGAAUGCAGCAUCGUCUGCAACGAACUGUCGAUCAGCUCAAGAAAAUGAGUAGUAGCUAAACCCAUGAGCACACGUCAAGAAAACGGAAAUAAAUACUCACACACACGAGAUGAUGAUGAUGAUACGAAAAAAAGAAAAAAAGAAAAAAUAAUACAAACAAAAUUAUGAAGCAACGAUACAGACAGACAGAACGAAGAAACAAAACACGUUGGGGGAAUUCAAAAUGACAAUACUAAUUUUUGUGCUGGUGGAGUGGAGGCGAUCGUGAUUCAUGUUUCCCUUUGGAUUGUUGUUGUGUUGUGAAGAAUGAAUCGAUUUGUUCGUCUCUACAGUGGAUGAUAUAUAUCUCUAUGUCUCUCUGCUCCAGAACCAACUACUAAAUUAGCAAGUACUUAGAAGAAGAACCGCACGUGU